AUGCAUUACCGUUUAAUUAAACCCUGCGAAGGAUUUUCACAUAUGAGAUUUGUCUUAGUUUUAGGAGCCAAAUCGGAGGAGCAGUUAGCUUGCGAGAAAGAAUGGCUUCAGACGGGACAUAUGUGGCUGGCCCAUCGAGGAGGCUUUACCGCCGUGGUGCGAGAAGGAGAGGCAGAUACGGGCAGGGCUAAAGUGCGAGUGCUACAGACUGGCGAGACACUUACUGUUGAUGAAGAUGACUUGGAGAAGGCGAACCCUCCGCAGUUGGAGCGGUGUGAAGAUAUCGCCUCCUUGCGGUGUUUAAACGAAUGCGGUGCUCUCAACGUGCUGCGGUCUCGUUUUGCUGCGGGUCUACCGCACGCUCGUGCUGGCCAUGCCCUCCUAGUGCUCGGACCACCGAAACGCACUGCUCCUAUAUACACUGAAAAGGUAGCAGCUAUGUUUCGAGGCUGUCGCGCCGAUGACAUGCCGCCGCAUGUUUUUGCUGCAGCACAGUCUGCGCAUCGCUGUAUGUUGGCUUCAAGACGUGACAGGGCUAUCGUCUUCCUUGGCCGAUCUGGUUCCGGCAAAACCUCAGCAAUGCGUCACUGUGUUUGGUACUUAGCUAGUGCCUACCCCGCUCAGGGAUCCAAGCUAACUCCUGAGCGAUUGGAUUCUGCGUUUGAUGUGCUGCACAUUUUUGGAUGCUCACGCACGAGUUCAAACGCUCACGCGUCCCGUUUCGUGUCGCUGACUUCACUGGACUUCGACGGUGGCGGCGCACUCGCUGCGGCUUCUGUGCAGAUCUUGCUGCCGGACCUGCGACCUGGACAGAAUUCCCUAAGAGCAUUGAAUGUACUAUAUCAUGGCUGCGACGGCCGCCUUCGACGGGAGCUACUCUUUGACCAGUCACCGGUGAACGCCCCGAACCCUUUUAUCAGCUAUAGCGAGAAAUCUGAUGCGGCAGAGUUCUCAGCGCUGAAGGAAGCUCUCGUAACGCUGGGGGUGACGGACCAGGAGCAAAUGGCGAUAUGGAAGAUUAUGGCAACGAUAUGUCAUCUGGGAUGGGCUGGUGUUGUUAGAGCGAACACGGGCUCGGGUAUAAAGUACCAGUUCGCGAGUACGGGGUGCGGGCAGCGCGCGGCGCGGCUGCUGGGCGUGGCUGCCGAGGAGCUGGCGCGGGCCGUGUUCGCCACCGUGCCCACCUCGCCACAACCUAACUCUAACUUAAGAACUCCAUCUCCUUCGAACGAACGAGAGAUGUCAGGCACGGAGGCGUUGGACGCGUUCGUCAGCGGACUUUACAACGAGACGUUUAAUAUUGUCGCUGCACUCGUUAACAGGAGUUUAUCCACCUCAGCUAGGACUUCAGCAUCUAUUCUAUUGCUGGAUUCACCAGGCGCAGACAAUCCCAUGUGUGCUGGGCAACAGAGUGGUGCACCACUGUCCAAACUUUUAUCCAACUAUUUGCAGGAACGUCUACAAGCGAUGUUUCACGAAGCUAUGCUGGUAGCGCCGCGGGAACGGUACGCACAAGAGGGCAUACAGCUGGAUGAUGGCGCUGAAGAAGAUUGGCUCUCAGAGACGGUAAAUCCCGGCCCCAUGGUGGAGUUACUUGAUAAAGCUCCACAAAAUAGUAUCGUAAGGAGCUCUCAGGCAGAUUUGAGAGAGUGCGAUCGGCGUGGUUUGUUAUGGCUCCUGGAUGAAGAAUCUAUGUACCCUGGCUCCUCAGACGACACAUUCCUCGAGCGGGUGAUGUCCCACUAUGGAGCGCCGCAUCACACUCAUGCACUUAUCAAGAAGGCUCCUCAUGCGAGACAGUUCGUGUUGCAACAUUUGCAGGGCACGAACCCAGUACUGUAUGAUGUUACCGGAUGGGUGAAGGCGAGCCGAGAGAAUCCUGUUACCAAAAAGUCCUUGACUCUACUGCAGGAGAGCCAAAAUGAAGAAAUAGGUCGUCUAUCGUCGUGGUCCCGCGGCGCGUGCGGCAUCAGCGCCUGGUCGGCUGCUGUGGGCGAUGCUUCGACUCUAAGACGAGCUUCGUCUAUUAGACGCACCCUCACUUCUGGCACGGCGGGUAUGAAGCGCCGCUCCACAGCGCUGCAGGCGAAGUUCGUGGCGGACGGCAUCGUGGACACGCUGCGGCGCUGCGGCGCGGGCGGCGCCACGUUCGUGUGCUGCCUGCUCGCCGCGCAGCCCACCGACGGCGCCGACGAUGUCAACGUGCCGCUGCUGCGCUCGCAGUUCCGUGGAUUCCAACUGUUGGAUGCAGCUAGACUGUACAAACAGGGCUUCCCUGAACACAUGCCACUGUCGGAGUUCGCGCGCAGGUACCGUCUUCUAGCAACGUCGGAGAGCGAGGACUCGGAGGGUUCUCAGCCGGCCACACUCUCAGACCGGCAGAUAGUCGACGAUAUGUUGCUCACUCUAGACCUGGACGUGACCAGCUACAGGCUUGGACUCACUCAGGGCCUGUUUCAGAGUAAUAUUGUUUUUAAAGACAUUAUAUAUUAUUGA